AUGCACACGAUACAUUUUAGUGAGCUGGAUCUGGGCUUCUCGCCAAGGCUGAGCGAGGGCAAACCGCCUCUUGCCGAGGUGAAACGGUCCCUACGGUUGGUGCGAAUGUCAACCAUUAUCGGCUUUGCAGGCCUUAGUACCUGGCUUCUGGUUACUUGGCCGAUCCUAUCUCCGACAACAAAGGAAUUUUCAGACUGGAUUUUUGGGAUUCGCCUAUGGAAUCUUCUCGGACUGGCAGCCUGCAUAACUGUGCCCGUAGCGCUUGUCAUCACAAAGUACUUGAAUGUCCACAAAGAAAAGGACGAAGACGCAGAAAUUACAUCUCAAUCGACCAAGACUGAGAAGAGUAGCUUUUCUGCAAUACUUCGGUAA